AUCUCCUUCGCCGCACACACAUAGACUCCCGCGAAGAAUUUGCCAGGACCCAGCACUUCCGGGUAACUUCCGUUAUCCAAGGAGAGCCUCUUCCGGGUCAGAGACCAUGCUGCUUUCCGAUUGGCUGAUAUCGGAGAGUUUAAAAUUAAACUACCGCGAAGCGCUACCGGUUGCAUGUGCUUAGCGUUGCUUAGUAACCGGCCGCUGCUGCUGCUGUUCCAGUUUCCUUUAGUUCUUCAGGCAUCUUUUGCUUUUUCUGAAGGGUGCGGUUCUCAGCGGGGAGGAUGGCUUCUCUUCAGCAAAGGAUCUUGAAUAUAAUCCAGUGUUUCCGAAAAGAAUGGCGUUUAUUUUCAGACUGUGAAAGAGUUACAGUCUGUAGUGCAGACUACAUGCUGAUGGCUUUGCAGCUAUCUAUUGCUGAAGUCAAUAAAAAGCACUAUGGGGAUUUUAAAGCAUCUCUUAGUGAAGUGGUGUUAUCUUGGAAUUACUUACUACCUGACAAACUGGGUGUGCUGCAUGAAAAUCUUGAAGCUCCUGAAAACUAUGCUGACAUCAAACAUGCUUAUGCUUGCUUUUUAAAGCACUGCAAUAUGGUUGAUCUUAUAGAUGUAUAUCAAAAAUAUAGAGCAUCAACACUGGAAAAUGAAUCCAUAUCCCCUAUACAGCUACUAGAAUUUAUCGCUGGAAGUGGAACAGCAAAUUUAGACAGUGAGGAUAAUUCCAUUCUUUCUACACCCUCAACACCAACUAACAAAUUGAGCCGGGAUGAUAAGCUGCCAUUGAUGGUGAAGAAAAUUCUGUAUGCAUAUUUAACCGUGUUGGUUAAUUCCAAAAAUGAUCUAGCAUUUGCUCAUAUUUUAAACAUUCCUGAUAGAGGACUUGGAAGAGAAGCUUUUACUGAUCUAAAACAUGCUGCACAGCAGAGACAAAUGUCAAUUUUUUCAAUGGCAACCUCCUUCAUCCGAACUAUAGAACUUGGAGGGAAAGGUUAUGCCCCUUCUCCAGCUGAUCCUCUGAGAACUCAUAUGAAGGGACUCUUGCACUUUGUUCACUUUAUUGAUAAACUGGAAGAAAUUAUUGGUGAAGUCUCAGAUCCGAGACUUGCAGGGGGCCAAAUUCUAUCAACAAUCAAGAUGCAUUUGAUAAAAGGCCGAAACAGCAGGGAUCCCUUCUGUCAAGCAGCAGAGGAAGUUGUACAAGAUUUGGAUAUGAGGAUUAAAAAUAUUAUCAAUUUACAGCAUGAGGCUAAGGCAGCUCUCACCACUGGAAUCAGUCCAGCCCGGCCCAAACUGCAUGCUAUAAACCAUGGCACUGUUUACUGUGGCAGAGAUACUGUGAAAUCCUUAUUGGCUCUUUUGGAUGAAGUGGCUACCUCUCCUCUUCCCAACAACAAAGCUGAACUGUUGUUCACUGAAGAAUUUGGAUUCCCCUCUCCUUUGGUGCUAUUUACAUCACCAACACAGUCUAGUGGAUCUUCUCCAAAAGCUUUAAAAUGGCGUAUUCAGACAACUGUGAAUGAAAGAAAACUUAAGCUAAGGCAACCUUUAAUUAGGUCUCAGUUUGCUUGCACUUAUAAAGAUGACCAAAUGACUGAGACAAGGAAUCAUCACCUCAGCACAAGUCAAGUCCCAACAUGUUUACAUCCAGCACCAAAAGUACUAGCAGUUCUGUACACUGAAGAUGAAUCGACUGCAGAAUGCCUACACUCACAUCUUAAAAGUACUGCACUUGGAACUAGUUCUGGAAAUGUUCAUCAGAAUGGAAGUAAAAGUAAAGAAAUAGGAAAAUUAAGUUGCCAGCCAAGAAACAAGAGCUCAAAGAGGAAGCAGGUGGAUAGAACUAGUGAAAAUGUCAUCUGUAUUAAUGAAAAUGAAUCACUUCAACACAUACAUAGUAAGAGACCAAAGAGUGCAAUGAAAUUCCAGAACAGUUUGGACAGCAAAAAAGAAGUAUCUAGAAAACAGAGCAAGACUGCAGUCAAAAAUAAACUGAUUGCUGGUCAGGCAAAGCUAACUCAUUUCUUUAGGCUGUAAAAGUUAUCCUUUUAAUACUCAUUGCAAACAUCAGUGUCUCUGUAAGCUCCGAAAGAAGGCAGCAGCUAAGAUGGUAUCUUGUCUUCAUUGUGACUAUGAAUAUUAUGCAAAAUUAAUAUGUAUAUAUAACAUUUGGACAGAGAUCAACAAGCUUUGCAGAAUUCUCAGUUUUAAUAAUGUGAUAUAAUUCUUACAGUUGUUUGAUCAUGUGUUCUGAGAAAACAAAUAUUUACAGACAUGUACAGCAAUAGUUAAACCACAGCUACUACUUCAAUUAAUUGUCAAGAAAAUGGUUUUGUCUCUUCCAAGUGAUGGAUUGUGCAGCGUUUCAGACUUGCCAACAAGGACGAUAAACUCUUCCCAGCAUGCACCUGAGCACUGAAGAAAACACACCAGACACUUUUGUCAGAGAAAUUAACUGACAGAUUAUUUGUCAUACAUUCAUGCCUAGAUACAUUUGAAUCUUUUGUAGAGUAUUGCAUACUUGCAUGAACAUAAUAUUUCAUAAAAUAUUUGACUCAAUUUAUCUAAAUAAAUGUGUGUUGGAAAUA